AAAUAGCAACCAAACAUGGCACCCACCAAAGGUGUCUUGCUGGCACAUUCAGACUUUCCACUUUAUGCUGUACGCGCUCUCGAUGAAAGGCACUUUCUUGUGGCCGGUGGGGGUGGACAGGCGAAAACAGGAAUCGCUAAUGCUAUUGAAAUUUAUGAGUUGAAGUCUUCUCAAGGUAAUAUUACAUGCUCAAGCAUCAGCCGCCAUGAAACAGGAAUCCGUGCUGUGAUGAACUGUGCGUCUCACUAUGAUGGUCGGCAUCACCAUUUAGCAACUGGGGAGGAUGAAUUCUGUUGCACCUAUUCUGUCAAGUAUAAAGUCAUCAGCCCGGAAACAGAAGUAGCAGAGGCUCAUGAUGGUGUUAAACAGAGAAAAAAUGAAAAUUCUCAAGUGGGCAAAGAUUCAUCUGACCAUGGAGUUAACAGCUCCACAAAGCAACUCACAUUCCAUGUAGAGGAAACUGGCAAAGUCGUCUCAGACUUCACAAAUGAUGGCGGCUUUCAGAAAUGUGUUCGCUUUUCCCCCCUGAUGACUCACCUGGUGACUGGAGGUGCUGAUGGUCAUCUUCGUUUAUGGAGGUAUCCUGAGUUAGAAAAAGUGUGGGAAGUGCAAGCACACAAAAAUGAAAUAGAUGAUUUAGAUUUUAGUCCAGAUGGCUCAAAGAUAAUUACAGUAUCCCGUGAUAAAAAUGGUGUGAUUUGGAAAGCCAUAGAUGGCCAAAAAUUGUCAGAAUUGAUAUGGAACCAAAUAGUACCAGAGCCUUACAGGUUUAAAUCAUGCAGAUAUGGUCUCAUAGAAGGUAAAAAAGACAAGUUCAACUUUUACACAAUCAACAUUCCUGUCACAAGAUCCGACAGACUUCCCUGUUACGUUUCUAUGUGGGACAGUAGCAAGUUUAUACUCAAGAAGACAGCUAAAGUAGGGACAGAGGUGGUCUCCGCCUUUGCUGUCAGUGAUGAAGGAAUCUAUUUAGGCAUUGGCUCAAUCUCAGGGAGUGUUUCUGUGUAUGUUUCAUUUAGUCUUCAGAAAUUAUAUUACUUGAAAGAGGCCCACAGUAUAUUUGUCACUAGUGUAGAGUUCCUGCCAUGUUCAGAGGCCACCAAAGCUAUCACUGGAAACCAAGACUUCAACCUGUUGAGUGUCUCUGCUGAUAACACUAUCCGCCUUCAUCAAUGCCCAGAAAGAUCUACAAUGCAUCCAAUCUGGCUGAUAAUUUGUUUGGUAAUUGUACUCUAUGCUGUCUUUUACCUUAUGUCAGAGAUGGGACUUUGACAUUGCGUUCCUUCUCAUUAUGUGAAAGUGGAAGACUUAUUCCACCUUUAGGAUGAAAAUGGUAAAUAAUUACUUUCUGUUACUGAAUCUAUUAAAACUUAUCUUCCAGAUAUUGUUGGUCAAAAUAAAAGUGCAUUAUUUUAACACAACUUUUAUUAAAUGUCAUUUUAAAAUUUUUAUUUUUGCUCUGCCGAUCCUGUGCAAUAGCUGUCACUAGCAAUUCAAUAACAGCAACCACUGAGUAAUAUCAUUCAUUAGCAGCUGUAAACAAUUCAUCCUUAAAGGUUAACAAUAAAACUCUUAUAUUCUAUCUUAUAUUUAGCAACUAAGAUGAAACUUCAUAAUUUUUCUUUUUAUAUAAAGUAAUGGUAAGCUUUGAUCAUGUUUUUUUAACAAUGAAGGGAAUUUGAAUGGUUAAUUAUGUAUUAAAAUAUUUCUGCAAGUAUUAUUAAUUAUGUUUGUCUUUAUAAUUACACCUAAACUAUUAUGUAAAUAUGGUUUUAAAAAAUUGCAUUCCAUCUAUAAGUCAUACCAUAAGUUUGUCAUCUCUAUAGCUUUAUGUAAAAUUGUAUGAAUCUCAGAAAUUAAAGCAGAUGAAAGUGGUUGUUUGUGUCCUCCUGGAGUAAUGCAUUUAAUGAAAGCCUUGUAUCCAGAGGUUGUGUAUGAUGAGAUGAGUGGUAAAACUCAGUCAAGUUAAUCACUCUUGGUUUUGUCAUGGGUCUAGUAGCAUGAACAGAUAUGUGGGGGUGAAGUCAGGCUAACUGGAGUAUAAGAUACCAGUUAACAUGGCCUCCAUGGGGCUCAUAUUAUGCCUUACAGGAAUACUGGGUUGCUUUCACUUUUAUCAGUAAAUCAAAAUAAAUUUUGAAGGCCAGCUGCGCAUUCAGAUUAAUUUAUUAGUAGUAAAUUUGUGUUUUAUAAACAUGUUUAUUUAUUUCACAAUACUUGUCCUGUUGGUUUUUUUUGGUCAUGAUUUUAAAUUUUUUUGCUUAUGGAUGAGCAUUUUUUUUUUUUAGAGUUUAAGUCAUUUUACGUCUUACAAGUUAUUUAGGGGUUAAACUUAAUUUGAUCGUAACUGAUGUUAAAAAUAAAAAACUUUUAAAGCUGCAGUUAUCUCCAAUUUGUUUUCUAUCCUUGUGUCCUCAGUAUUUGACCAAAUGUAACCAGGGUGAGACAGUUUUUCAGUGUUUUAAUACCCUGUUAACUUCCAUAAGACCUGUUUAAAAUUAUAUUGCUUUGAUAAUCCCUUGUAGUUAUUUAUAAACUAUAGAUUGUAUGCUGGUCUCUGGUUUAAUAUGUGAUUUUUAGCUGUAGUACCUUGAUACAUGUUAAAGGCAUUCAAAGCCUUUUUUUUAUCAAUUGAAAUUGAAGGAUUUAACAAUACUGUAACUGACUUUUUACCUGAUAAUUAUUUCUUGAGGGUUUUGGCUGGUUCACAUGAUUCAGUUGAAUUAAUUUUCAUAGUAUGUUAUGUAGCUAUAUAUCUUUUUUGAAACAAAUAUCAAACAUAUAUUUACUUUAUAAACUACUUAAAAAAUACAAAGUUGUAAAUCUCUAGUUUUGGGCAUGAUACGAAUUAAAAAAUACCUAAUGAAUGAGUUAUCUGGUUUUUUUUUUAAUAAUGGUCAACUGAUUAGUGCUGGCUGUGUUAAUUUUAAAGGCAGAUAAUUCUGUUCUUAACAUUUGAUUUUUAUUUGAUCUGGGUGUGUGAGUGAUCAAUUUGUUUUACAUUUGUCAUUUAUAUUUCAUUAUUAUUUAAUGAAUUGAUUCAUGCCUUGUUUUAAAAAUAUUUUUGACAUUAAUUUAAGUUAUAGUUUUUAAAAUUAAAAUACUGUUAACAAUAGGUAAAAAAUAAAUGUUUUAUUCCA